CUUGAUCUGCGCAAUAAUAAAUUCGGUCUGAAAUUGUCAUCUGGGAUUUCGGAUAUUUGAAUAGGCGCAGUCUAUCCUGUACACAGUGACCCUGUACAACACAAAUUAUGUUUGGUAUAAAGGUUUCCUUGACAACUACUGCUAAGGAAGAGCACUUGCCACCAAAAAGAAGUUCCUGACCAUUGAAAGGCAGUCCUGACUGUUAAAUUUCCUAUUAUCCAUAAAGAGAAAACCAUUGUCGUGGGCCUCGUGGCGUUUGAAUUGAAAGACUAUCCCUGGCAGUAUAUUGCGCGGUUAAAUUUCCUAUUAUCCAAAAUGAGAAAACCAUCAUUGUCGUGGCUUUUGUUUUUAAUAUCCGUAACUUCGGCCGAAUUGUCCUCUCUUAAUGGAAAACACCAAGUAAUUGGCUUGCAAUUAAUAGUUCACGAAUUUAAUCUUCGUUUGACGAGAAACGCUUCCGGUUACAUCGUCGAGAUCGGAAGUGUAGCAGCUGAUGCACUUGAUGCGCUAUCGAAACACUUGAAUUUCACGUACUCGAUUUUGCAGGUUUACGACACUCGAUUGGACAAACAAAGUGACGCUCAACCAGGACUGGCUUAUUACAUGGACAAGGGAAAAUGCGACUUGGUUAUUGGAAUGGUGGUGAUGACGCCUCGUCGAUUAGCCCUGAUGGAUUUUGCUGAAGGAGUCGCUUAUACACCUGUCGUUCUUCUUAUUCCAAUGCCGGAGUCAACAAACCAGGCCAUUGCUGUAGUAUUCAAACCAUUUCAGGCAACGGUUUGGAUCGGAUUGUUGAUAUCAAUGCCUAUUUUGGCCUUAACUAUCUAUUUCUUCAUUCGACCUGUGUCUUCGUUAACAUUGUCUAAAGAGGCGAUGGAUCGACCACGUAACGGAACGGCAAUUAAUAAAACUGGUCAUUUUCUUUUCCAGAUUUCCCAAAUCCUCUUAAACCAAGGUGUAUACUUUCCACGGAUGCAGAAUGCAGUUUAUUUUGUUUUGAGUUCCUGGUGUCUGUGUGCCUCGGUACUUGUUUGUGCCUACAACAGCCUUUUGGUUUCUUAUAUUCUGGGAUCAAAUACCGCCGAACCAAUUGUUGAUUCCCUCAGAGAGCUUGCCCAGAAUUCGAAAAUUAAUCUUGCCGUUGACAAGGGAUAUAGUGCGGAUGUUUACGUUUCGGAAGCAACACAUGGAGUGUACAAACUUCUGGGUGAUAAACUGCGUUCUGAUCCAAAAUCCCGUUGUGUCAAACGCCAAGAAUGCGUCGACCUCGUGAAAUCAGGAACUUACGCCUACUUACAUGGUCUUUAUGUCACACUGACUGCUAUGGAUGAAGAUUAUAAGGCCACAAGGAAAUGUUCUCUUGCCCUUGCCAGAAAAACCGAACCUGUUCCCGGAUCGUAUGCAUGGGCUCUGCCCAAAAAAAGUCCACACACCAAACUCUUCGUUAAAGGAUUCAUGGAGCUGCAUAGUGCCGGAUUGAUCGACCUAUGGGCGAAGAGGGAACUGAACAAGUACAAAGACGUUAAUAAGUGUCUCAAUGAGGCCCGUCAAAGACAACAGCGUAAAGUAUCGGGCAAUAGAACACAAAUCUCGUUGAAAAACAUAGCUGGUGCCUUUUACGUAUUGAUCGUCGGUUACUUAAUUUCUUUUGUCUUAUUCGUCUUUGAAAAUUGUUAUCGUAGACUCUCAAUGUUUCGAUUGAAGAUGUCCAAACUUAAUACUAAGCAGAAUAGGAACGCCAAUCAAAAUACGACGGAUAUAAAUGUUAACCGAGCAAUUUUCGAACACGGUCAAACAUUUGCGCAAUUGUUAAAUUUAGAAAAUGUUGACAAUGAAAACAUUAAAGAAAGCCCGUCGAGUUCAUCUAACGUUAUUGUAAUACCGCAGGCAGAAUUACUGUGUGUUACAAAAAAACUGUUGUCACCGAAUUUUUCAGUUGAAUGUGAGGAACUGAUGCUCUAAAAAUCUUAAAUGAAACUCUGGUGUCAGUGGUGUGUCUCACUGUGACAAAUCGAUUGAUUGACCAGGUUGUAUUGUUCCUUUCAUUCUUUUUUCACGGCUAUCCCCUUUAAAUCUCCUCUUCGUAAAUAGUAAUUGGUGAAUUAUUUAAGUACUGCAUGGUUUUUUGGUUAUGCUAUUCAGUGUUUCGUGUAGCGUUGAUAAUUCGCUUUUCUAUCCCAUUUACAGCAAGUCAAUCACAAAUGAUGGUUAAGAUGAAUUAAGGCUUUCCUCACUACCCUGUCUCUGUUUUUACUAGUUUUCUACUGUUCUUUUUAGUUACUACUAGCUUUCAGAAUUUUGAAUAUUAGUUUAAACGUUAAAAAUUAAAUGUUUCAACCAUUGCA